AUGCUCGCCCAACAGCGUAUUCGUCUUCAACCCGGAGUCUAUGCCCCGGUUCCUACGCCGUUCAAAGACGGAACUGAGGAAAUCGACAUCGCUGCCUUUGACUCCACCGUUUCUCGCAUUGGCAAGGCUGGUGCUGGGAUCCUGGUCGGAGGGACGCUGGGCGAAGGGCCCAUGCUUGCGUGCGACGAACGUGUCGCCCUAAUCAGGCGCGCAAAAGCGUCAUUGCGAGAUGCUGGCCUUCAAGACAAGAUCCCCGUAAUUGCAGGCGCAGUUGGUGCGAGUGUGCGAGAGUGUAUUGCCCAGGCAGAAGACGCAGCUUCUGCGGGCGCAGAUGCGGUCAUUGUGGUGGCGUCAGCAUACUUUGCCUUUGUUUAUGGCAAGGACAAAGCUGCAGUAGCCAGUUUCUUUACCUCGGUUGCCGACGAAAGCCCACUACCCGUCCUCAUAUACAAUAUCCCCUUUGCUGCUGGGGGAAUUGACCUGGAUGCGCAAAUCUUGAUGAAACUCUCGGAGCACCAAAACAUUGUGUACGUCUGCGCGCGACUUCCUACUCCGCAUUACAUCGGCUACAGAUGA